UUUGCGCCUCCUGUCUUAAAGAGGAGGUGAGGAAUAGAUUAGUUUCAGAGUUCAAGGUUUGGUUUCGCUGUUCCUCCCCCGGUGUGAAGGGCUUUUUUUUUUAUUUUUCUCACCGAGGCAUAAAGCCCCUUUUCACACAGUCAAGAUGCUGAACAUGUGGAAAGUACGGGAGCUGGUUGACAAAGCAACCAAUGUGGUGAUGAACUACUCAGAGGUGGAGUCUAAGGUCAGGGAAGCCACCAAUGAUGAUCCUUGGGGACCAUCAGGACAGAUGAUGGCUGAAAUAUCACGAGCCACCUUCAUGUAUGAGCAGUUCCCAGAGGUCAUGAAUAUGCUUUGGGCCCGCAUGCUGAGGGACAACAAAAAGAACUGGAGGCGAGUCUACAAGUCCCUGCUUUUAUUGGCACAUCUAAUCAGGAAUGGGUCAGAACGGGUCGUAACCAGUGCCAGAGAACAUCUGUAUGACCUGAGGUCACUGGAAAGUUAUCACUUUGUGGAUGAGAACGGGAAGGAUCAAGGAGUAAAUGUUCGUCAGAAGGUGAAGGAGCUAGUGGAAUUUGUUCAGGAUGACGACAGACUGAGGGAAGAACGGAAAAAGGCAAAAAAGAACAAAGACAAAUACAUCGGCGUAUCCUCGGACAGCAUGGGAUACAGAGGUUACUCUGGGGACAGGUACGACUCCAGCGACAGCCGUGGGAAGUGGGACGAUGACUGGGAGAAGAAUAAAGGACCUUUCCCUUUCAGUGAAAAGUUGGGCGAGAUAAGUGACAAAAUCGGAAGCACCAUCAACGACACGAUAAGCAGCUUUAGGAGCAAGGACAGAGACGACUCGCCAGAUCGAUUCAGUGACCACGAGGAAGACCGGGAUCGCUCUUCGUACAACGGUCAGUCAAAGAAGGAGUUUAAAGACGAAGAGGAGACUGUUACAACCAAGAGCGUUCAAAUUGUCCAGGCGACGGAGACGACAGCGACGCGGAAGAGAGGAGUGCCCUCCAAGAAAGUGGAUCUGGGGGCUGCAGCCCACUACACAGGAGACAAGAGCCCCAGCACCACAGCAAAGCAGACUCAGCCUGCUGCAGCGCCGCAGCCUGCCAGUACAGGCCUGGCUGACCUCCUGAUGGUGGACACCACACCCAGCCAGCCUGCUGCCACAGAUCUUUUCGGUGGAUUUGCGGACUUCAACUCACCUGCUGCCUCAACUGGACAAGUAUCCGUUUCUGCCUCCAGCCCUAAUGGAGACUUUGGAGAAUGGAACGCUUUUCCUGGAGGUCAGAUUCCAGGAUCUGCUCAGAGUCCCGUCACCAGUGGAAGUGACCUUUUUGGAGCCAUGGCGGCGGGUUCCCCUGCCGCCCCGGCGCCGGUGGCAGCGCCAGCUCCCGCCUCGGCAGACCUGUUCGACCUGAUGGGGCCGACUCAGACCCUCACCUCCUCCCAGAGCCUCAACUUCAGCAUGAGCAGCACGCAGACGCUGAGCGCCAACAUCAUGCCUCAGUCUGUGCCCCAGCCUGUCCACAAUAUGGGCGGUCCUCUGCAGCCACAGCCUGUCCAGCAGGGAAUGGUCCCACAAGGCGCAGCAGCCAAAGCAUCCCUUCCUUCCACUUGGUCGGAUCAUUCAGUUAACAUCAGCCUGGACUUCCUGGGCCCCGGCAUGCAGCCUCCUAAGCCCAGCCAGCCCAGUCUGAACACCCUGCAGCACGGCAACCAAAUGGCUCCCAACAUGCUGAGCCAGGGAUUUUCCAGCAUGAAUCUUGGACCUACGGCAGUCAGAGCUCCUGUUAAUCCCAUGAUGCAGCCUGGGAUGGGGAUGGGGAUGGUUCCUAACCAGGGCAUGAUGGGGAUGGGCAUGAACAUGGGGAUGCCCCAGGGAGGCAUGAACAUGGGAAUGCCCGGGGGGAUGGGGAUGAACCCCGCAAUGGUCCAGCAGCCCAAACAAGACGCCUUUGCUGACUUUGGGAACUUUGGAAAGUGAUGGAUCGUCAGGAACGGCGGCCGUCCACGGGUGAAGAAUCAUCAUGAGCUCCAAACAAAGAGUACUUGAAAAAUGUCAGUUAUACUAUCAACACCCUGCCAUCACCCUUAUUAUUAUUAUUUUUUAACACUUCUCUAGCGAUUUGGAUCUUAGUGAAUGUCUGAUUGAACCAAUGAUGUGCGGUCCGGCAUGUUGGGAAGAAGCUCAGAUGGUUUGUUGCCUUUAUUUAAUAUUCAGUGAGGAGAGAUUCGCUUCAUAACCUCAAUCACCCAAAAUCAGAGUAGCGAAAAAAAUAAAAGCAUACCUUAGUAGCUCCAUCAUUUAUUAAAAAAUACAUAAAAACAACCUCAAUAUCUUUUAUCUAACGACUCGUUUGGAUAACAUGAUCAACCGUUUUAACCUUCCAGCCUGUCAAAGAAUGUUGUUACCUCUUCUGUUUUUUCCUUUUCUCUGGUCUCUGUCUUCCGAUGGCGUGUAAAUAGAUGCAAUAAGUUAUGAAGCUGCGCAAAUGUGACCAGUUGCAUCUAGCAGACCAAACCCGAAAUGAAUCCAGAUCCAUUAAAAAAAAAAAGAAGCACAGGAAUGCGUCCUCUUUGUACAUAAAUGUCCUCUACUCCAAAUGUGGCUUUAAGUCUCGCAUACGGGGUUAAAUUUAUCGAUUAUUUGCAGUGAAAAGAUGUUAAUUCAAGGAAGUUUCUUUGAUAAACUGUAAUUUGUGGCCUUUCUUAUUAGAAUAUAUCUGUAUAUUUUACCUUAUGAAGAAUAUAAUCAGUUUGCGUCCAGGCGAGAUAAUCGAUAAAGGCGGCCGAUUUUUACGAAGCUUGCCGUCUGCACUGAUGUCAAAUCAUCUGUUUUAUUCGUUUUCCUCUUUCCCAUGCACCUUUUUUUUCUCUUUUUUUUUUAAUUGUGUCCUAACUCUUCAGGCCAGUGAUCGCUUCAGUUACAAACAUCAACGUAUUCACUCCGCACCUCAGGUGUUAAGCUCAGCCGAUUGUAAGAUGCAUCGUCGUGCAUUUUUCUUUAUUUUCUUUGGUAUUCAGUGCCUUCCAUCAUCAUCGUUUUUGCACAUUAUGACAGCCUCGGAUCUUUUUUACCGUCUUAACAAUCGUGAGUCCUGGAACCUUUGUUUUUGCAACCUGUCAGGUACAGAUUAAAGGAUGAGAGGAAGCACUUUAUCAAGUGAAAUUCUGUGUUAACAUGUGAACACGGUUGGUCCUAAGUGAUUCCAAGUGCCUGCUGAAGGCUGUCUCAUGACCUUGUAAUGAGUGAUUGAUAAUAAUGAACUGUGGUAGCGUGACUUUUUUUUUUUUUUCUCUUUGUGGGGGGGGGUAUUUGUGUCUGAGAUGAAUAAUUCACCAACCAGGAAAGACGGCAGGAGCCUCUCAGGAGGAUCCAACUUGUGCUUUCCGACUCUCCUUAAGGGCUCCAGAGGCUGAGCGCAGAAACACGCCGCAGCCUCGCGUUGAUGUCUGAAGCAUUUAAAAUGACCAAAAUCUCUUUGCUGUUUCUUUUCUAAUGUAUAUCAGAAAUCAUUUUUUGUUUUCUACUUUAAAUCAUUUUAUUUUAAAUGGGAUUAUUACUAAACACUAGUAUAUGCAAAUGUACGACGACCCUUAGAGGAAAAUGAGUUUUCUGCGUUUCUCCCGUUCUGAUUUGAUUUGAAUGUCAGGAUUCCUUAUGGACGACAUUAAACAGUUGAUUUAAAUUUGUUAA